AUGGUAUGUGUAUCCCUAUAUUUAUCCAAAUGAGAAAUUUUGAAUACUAACAUUACUACGUUGACAAAGUCUGCUUUAUUCAAUUUCCAAUCGCUACUUCAAGUUAUCCUACUAUUGAUUUGCACAUCUACAUACAUCCACAGUAUUGCCCCGGCAAUAUUGGACAACAGGAGGUCAGGCGUCUUGAGUGUUUUUUACAAAUUUGCAAGAAUCGGCGAGAGGUUAAGUCCCUAUGUCGCUAUUGGUUGUUUCAUCAUGGCAUUCAAUACAUUAAGGACAUAG